ACUGUGGGCUGGUUUUAGUACGAUCGUUCGAGAAUUUCAAUACAUUCUUUUUCGUAAUCCCAGCAUAGACAACAUCCUCGAAGGCUUGCUAAUCGUAUCCGCAGCGUUGACGGGUCAACUCAGAUCAUUCUUUGUUAUUGCGUAUCGGUCUCGAAUUGCACGCUUGUACUCCAUCUGCGAGUCGAUGUGGGACCAUUCCGCUCCCGCAGAUCGCAAAAUAAUUUCGACCUGGAUCAUAUGGGCUAAAUUUAUAAGCACGGUGUAUUUUCUUGCCGCAAAUUGUGUGGUAACGGUGUUCAUCAUGACGACGACGCUCCAGCAGCGCUCAUCUCCUAAAAAUUCCACAACGAAAUUUUAUCCGUUCACACCUCAAGAGGAUUCGACUCCGAGUCCACGGUAUGAAAUCAAGUACGCUGUUCAGGUGAUAUGCUGUUUUUGCAGCAUGUCGUACAUCGCUGCUUGCGACAUGACUGGGACUAUAUUGAGUUUCAACAUAUGCGGACAAUUGGCCGUCAUUAGAAGCUGGCUCGAAGAGCUUGCAAAGGAAAAGCUCGAUCCAACGGGUAAAAAGACCGACGAAAGUCGCCAAGAGGUGUUGAAGAAGUGCAUCCGUCGCCAUCAACUUGUAUUGGACCUCUGUGCCGAGCUUGAAGACGUAAAUCAAUAUAAUUAUCUGAUACAACUCGUCACUGAGAUGUACAUAAUGGCAAUUUCGGCGGCGCAGCUGACUAAGUUACAGAAUUUCGGGUCCUUGCGGCAUCUUAUAACAGUCCUGUUGGCAAUCAAUGGACUUUUUUUUUCUUGUUGGCCAGCGGAAACUCUUUCUGCGGAGAGUCGCAAUAUAGCGACGGCGAUUUACGAGGUCCCAUGGGACGAUGCCUCACUCUCCGUAAGAGCCAUGAUCAUCAUUAUGCUGGGGCGAUCUCAGCGUCCUGCAACGCUGAGCGCAGGGAAAUUUCUACCGUUGUCCUUGGAAGCUUUUUCUUCUAUAACAUCGAGUGGCAUUUCCUUUUGCAUGGUCUUAAGCAGUUUCUGAGUAAUUUAUGUAUGGUGUAUUUCAAGCCUAGCAGUAAUAUGCACCUGUACCUUCGAUCAUGGGUAUGUGCCAGUUUGACAACAGUUUCAUCCUCGUAAUAAAAAUUCUUGCAACGAGCUACGAUUACCGAUUCGUUAGAAGAGUUCAACGUCUCGGAUAUUUUUUCAGUCUAAAAUAUGACCUGAGCAUAAAAAAAAUAACACAAAGCUUCACAGAAUUAGUCGCUUUUCAUUAAUAUCUUUUGAUUGCGUCAUUAGGACGGAGUGCACCUCAAUCCGUUUGUUAAUAAAACAAUACGCAAGCCAGUAGACAAGGCAGUUGAUCAGUGUGGAAUAGAUUAAAAUCACGAGGGUUCGUGAAAAUUAUUUCCAUAAUACAAGGUACAGGUGUACAUCGAUAAUUAUAAUUGUCCGUUUCGACUUAAUCGAGAGUGUAACUAUCAUAUAAUUUCUCUUGAUAACCGUACCUAGUACUAAUCAGUGAUCGCCGACAACAGAUGCUUCGUCGUAUGUUUAAUUGUAAAUUUCUCAUCAUAUUUAAGCGGAAGAUUAACUACCGCUAGAAUUUCAAAAGAUUGUCAAGAGUUGAGUAAGGCAUUCAUUCUAAAGAGCAUAUCACAUUAAAAUACACAACUGUAAAUGG